AGAGAGCAAGAUCAUUCGUGAGCGGGAGUACUUUUCCUUGGUGAUCGAAUGGUUGCGUUUUGUGUUUUGUAGUGUUUUUGCGUUAAUAUUUGUGUAAUGGUAUAUUAUUAACUUGAAUAUUGCCAAGUAUAUUAGAGACUGUUGUGUGCUCGUAUUAUAAGAAAUAACUUUUCAUAACUGAAGAAUUGCGAGGUAAAAUUACGAAGACAAACGUCAAAAAGGUUUUGUAUUCCGCGAAAAACAUUUCCCGGUUCGUGAAGAAAAUAAUCGAAGGCGUGCUGGAGUCAGUGGGUCUUGGCUUUGCAGUAAAUUGAUUCCAACCGAUGAAAUCUCGACAAUAAUCUCGUGACACAUUCCAUGAGCGUUUCGAAUAUCAAUUAAAACAAGACUGAUUUUAUAUUAGGAUAAGUUGAAACGCACAUUCCUCCCAACGAAGUUCAAAAUCUCAUUAUGGCAUAGAUUAACGUAAACAACCCAAGAAGAGGCAGUGAUAAUUUGGUAGUAGAUGAUUAUAAUGCUAUAGAAGUGAAAGAGGAGCAAGAUGUUUAAGUUACUAGGAGGGUUGAGUGUGUACUUCAAGUAUCAGCCGAUCAGGACUGACAAUGCGGUGUUCCGGCUACACAACGUGUUCACGACGGUACUGCUGCUGACAUGCUCCAUGAUCAUAACGGCCACGCAGUACGUGGGACAGCCCAUACAGUGCAUAGUGAGCGGGUUACCAGUCCACGUGGUCAACACAUUCUGUUGGAUCACCUCCACGUUCACCAUGCCAGAUGCCUUCGCCAGAGAGGUCGGCAAAGAGGUGGCGCAUCCCGGUGUGGCGAACGAAUAUGACAGCACACAAGAGAAGAAGUACUACACCUAUUACCAGUGGGUCUGCUUUGUGCUGUUCUUCCAGGCCAUAAUGUGUUAUACACCCAAGUUCCUAUGGGAUGCGUUCGAAGGCGGGCUCCUGCGUACCAUCGUGAUGGGGCUGAACAUCGGCGUGUGCCAUCCAGAUGAGAAAGAGAAGAAGAAGGACGUCCUCAUAGGAUAUCUCAUCAGGCAUGAAAGGACGCACAAGCUGUACGCUCUGCGAUACUGGGGCUGCGAGCUGCUCUGCCUGAUCAACAUCGUGGUGCAGCUGUGGAUGAUGGACAGCUUCUUCAACGGGGAAUUCUUCUCGUACGGCACACGCGUGCUGGGGUACAGCGAGGUGCCUCAGGAGGAGAGAUACGAUCCGAUGAUCUACAUAUUCCCGCGCAUAACGAAGUGUACGUUCCACAAGUUCGGCGCGUCGGGCACCAUUCAAACACACGACAGCCUCUGCAUCCUGCCGCUGAACAUCGUCAACGAGAAGACCUACAUCUUCCUCUGGUUCUGGUACAUCAUACUGGCUGUGGUCUUGGUGCUGCUCGUCAUAUACAGACUGGUGAUAAUCUUCGUGCCGUCCGUGCGCCCGCGACUCCUCCACGCGCGCUCACGCACCCUGGCCAUGGAGACAGCUGUGGUGGUCUCGCGCCGCACCGACAUCGGGGACUGGUGGCUGCUGUACAUGCUGGCCAGGAAUAUGGACCCGCUCAUAUACCGGGAGCUAAUAUCGGAGCUAGCCAAGCGCCUGGGCGAGAAGGCGGGUCCGCGCGCGUGACAGCCGGCGCCGCCACCUCCACCCAGCGUCGCCGUCCUUCCCGUUUGACAACGCGUCUCCAAACUACAUCUCUUCAGAUACAUAAUGCUUAUAUGAAGUAAUUCACGAACGACUUAUCUAUUUCCUAUAUUACUUUUUCGCCUUCAAAUGAGCCUUCAAUCCUGUAAACUUCACAAAUCUGCUUUGUUUGUGCUGUACUACAUAUUAUUGAUCUCAAUGUUGUGAACCAUUGAUUGGGGAAUGUGUUCCACUACUGGAUUGACCGGCCAUCGGUGAUUGAGUGAUUGGGCGUUAUAUUUAAAAAAAGAACAAGUUUUUUAACCGAUCACUAAUAUUCUUUAUGUUCAGCUGAAAUCACAGACAAAACUUACGUUAUUUUUUUAAAUCAUGUUGGCACCCCUGAUUGGUUGUGUAUGACGUAAAAUCAAGACGCUCAUAUUGGUUAAGUUUAUGUAGGAAAUUACAGAUCGAAAUUAAUCAAUAAUUGUAUAGAAAUUCAGGCCUUUAGAGACGCCUUAUAUUAACUGGGGAAGCGACUUGGUAUAUGCAUUUACAAGAGUACUUGUAUAAUAUGACUUGACGGGCGACCAAUCAGAAGCGGGGAUUAUCACGCCACGUCGCUUGUGAUUGGUCGAACUGUGAAUAUUGGUAUUGGUUGGUAGAGGCAGCUAUAUCGUCUCGAAUGUUACUAGACUUGUAAAAUGCCUUUGAUAUUAGUUGUAAGAUAGUGUAGUGUUGUAGACUUGGCGUCUGCGUAUUCCUAAUAUCUGUUAUAGUGGCCAUAAGCUCGAAUAUUGAAAUCUCCAUAUGUUAUUAAUGAUUAUAUUGCUAUACGUAAUAUUAAGUGUUCACUGCCAUUUUUUUUAUCUACAGGGUGUAGAGGACGUAGCGUUUUUCGACAAUUCCAUUCUCACAGUUUGGCAAAAAAUAGUAAAAUAUUAAAUAAAAUAAUGGCAACACAGGUUGCAUAUUUUGAACUAAACGUUGUUUUUCCAGCUUAGACAAGCAACGACUUUGUGACAUAAAGCCUGUCUGAAACAAAAUAACAUAUUCAAAAAACAAUGCCGAUUCGGGCAACCGCCAACUUAAUUUUGACAGGACUAAAAACUAACUUUGUAAAACUAGCUUUGUCUCUUUCUUGCACCUAUUGCAAGAGAAGGACGGCACUAGCUUAACAGCUGUCAAACUAAAAUUAGGUUAAGUUGGUGUGCGUCAGAGGCACCAAUAUUAUUAUUAAUAAUUAAAUCGUUUAUUUCGGAUAAACCACAACACACAUAAACAUAUUCUAAUUUUUUUGCCAGACGGAAACGGUGUUACAAGGAGAAAAAAAUGAGGCAUGUUAGAUAAAAAUCUCUUUGUACGGUUUUAUAGAUUUUCCGUCGUGACACUAAAUAUUGUUAUGAAGACAAUGUUUUAUACAGUGCACGCUCCAAGUAACGGUUGUAUUUAGUAAUAAUUCCACUAUAUUUGUUGUGCAAUCCCAAUUUGACUACAAUUUUGGGACCUGAUUAUAAACAAAAUUUUACUCGAAUUUUACAAGUUGUGAUUAGAUCUGAGGGAUUUAAAAGACCACAGGAAGCAAUUCGUGUUGAAAAGCAAUAUUGCUAUUUAACAUUCGUUGACAUUGCGCACUUUCUGUUAUACAGGAAGUAAAUACUCAUAUGUAGUUGUAUGGGGUGUAAGUACGGAAAAUUCCACUUGAUAUUAACUCAGAAUCAUCCCGGUCAGUAUUCGAUGUCACUUCAUUUCUUGUUGUUUAUAGCUACCAUAUGAACAGGCUGUAUGGCUAUGUUCCUUUGCCUGCUCCUUCUCGGGGCAAAUUUAACAAAAAAAAUGUUUAUGGCUGCAUCGUUUAUAAACGAUGAUUCUGCCAAUGUCAAAGCGUUACAAUGUCACUAACACUGUAUUAUGUGCAAAUGUCAAAUUACAAUAUUUCUUGUUAGACGAAUUGCUUCAAUGUGGCCGUUUGGACCCCCUGUUUUAUUUAGAGUUGAUGUUUUUAGUGCGAAGACUCAAAUGCAAAGUUGUGAUUUUUCAUUCAUCUGUUUCUUUCUCUCUUUCUUUAUUAAAGAUAUGAGCGAGUAGGAUAUACUUUCCUAUUUCAUCUCCAACCUUUGAUAUUAAUAUUGUCUUGUACAAUCUUAGGGCUAUAUCACGUGUAUCUUCGAGUCUUUUGACUUGUGGCUCUGCCCACCCUUACGGGGAGUAUGGGCGUGUAGUUUUUGUCUGUAUGUUUAUUAAAUGUAGGUCGUAAUUUUCGUGACAGCAUUAAAAGACAAAUUUUUGAGCUGUGCAUAUCAAAUAAUUAGAAUUUUAUACUUUUUACGAGCACAAAUCAUCGAAUAUUAUCACAAUCAUGGUAUAAUAAAACCAGGUAUGCUCAAUCCUAUGAAAAGCCGCCAUUGCUAGCCGUUUGAUGACGUAAGUGUUACAUAAGUGUUACCAUUAAAUUGGUAUCUCCAACAUUUCAAGGAUUUAAAUUUUAUUAUUGAAAAUUAAGCGAAUUACCGACUAACGUACUUAAUUACUAUUACUUGACGCAUAUUAUAUAAAAAAAACAUAAAAACUGUAAGUAAAUCUUUCACUAUAAGUUCAAAAUUGCCUUUCAAAGUAAAUAAAAAACGGUCGUGGAUAAUUUAUUUGUUACAAAAUGUCGGCUAACCUUGAAAUGUUAGCUGUCACUUUUGAGCAUACCUGGUUUUCUUAUACCACGAUCACAAUCAUUUUAUAAAGCACUGACUAUCGGAAGGACUGUACGAUCGCCUUAUUGUAAAUUGUAUGGAAUGUGUGAAAUAUUGUAUGGAAUAAGAAAGGUUGUACGAAUUUUGUAUGUAAGUUUUAUUGUGUAUCAAACAUUCUUGUGUUGUGUCCGGAUUAUGUGUAUGUAUAGAAUGUAAUGUGUAUUUAAUUUCUUUUUGUAGAAAGAAUCAUCUAAAUCAGAAAAUCAAAACGUUUUGAAUUAUGCUACAAGAAACGUUCAAAUUCUUUUUAAAGAAGUUUACUUUAUAAUUUAUUUUAUAACCGAUAUAUUGUCAUAUAUCAUUAUCAUUUUACUUUUAUAUAGCUUAAGAUUAAUUGUAUGAAUGGUGUACUAUUUCGUAAAUUGAUAUAUGAACUGCAUGUUUGUAAUGAAAUAUCUUCUAAAUUCUAAAUUUUAAUGUUAGUCGUUACUGUCUCAAUCUUAAGAGAAUAUUAGUACCAAGAUAUAACUGGUUAUAACUAGUUACAGCAAGUUCAUCGUCUCCCUAGCAUCCCUUUUUCACAGGGUCUGCUUGCCUAACCUGAAGAUUUGAAUGAAGUUCGGUUUUUUUACAGAAAAGCUAGUUAUAACCAGUUAUUUCUAAGAUAAACUAAUUAAAUCUAGAACGAAAUCGGUAACAAAGUAUUGGCUGCUACAUCUUAACGUUGUGACAAGGUGGUGUUCAUUUUAAUAAACCCAGUUUUGGGUAAUUUCUAUGUAAUUUACAAAAUUUGCCUUUUGGCACAAAUGUUUGUUAAGUUUUGUACUUGUAGUAUGAAACGAGGAAUUAGGUCUGUCAAUGUAUAUGUGUAAAGAUUCAAAUUGUCUUGAGGAAGUGACGAAGGCAUACAGUAUCUUCAAAUAGUUGCUACAUAGAGUAAUUAAUAUACUACGUAAAACCCUCUCUCGACAUACUAGGAACAUUGCCGCCAAAAGGCGCGUAAAUGCAGCGCCGGUGGCGAGUUUUUCUACUAACUCUCAAAGUGUUCAUAAUGAUACGAUACACCGUCGCUAGAUGGCAGUUAUUUCGCGAUAUCUAGUUACUCCAUGGUGAAAUAAAUAGUAAAAAUAUAGUAUAGUAUAUGGCGACCACUGGUAUUAAAUUAAUUUGUAUGGAAAGGGAUCAGAGAAGCUUAAUUGACUUAGCUCGCGCCACACCCCGGACAUUCCAUACGAAAAUCUCAUUCUUAACGUGUCGCCUUACCGCGUAAGUGCGAGCGAGAUAGUCUGUGCGCGCUGUCUCUCACUCCUUAACAGCUUACGGCCAUUUAGACUAAAGUAAGACCCGGAGGAGUGAGGUAAAUCUAGCUCGACGCUAUAAAUAGGCUAGUUUCCAACUAGUCAAAUCAGUUACUUUUUACUAAACGUCAAUUCGAAAUUCCUAUGCAAAUUGUAUGAAAAGACAACCUGAGACGUCACAGAAAAACGUGACGAAAUGUCGCAUUAUUACAUUUUUCUUUUUCGUCUUUAAUUAGUAAUCAGAAUUUCAUAAUUUAUCUUUGACCUAGAAAUCUACCCAAUUGGAGUUGGCGUUCUAUACGUAGUUUUAUUCUUUAUUCUAUGCCCGCGGCCCAAAACCGACUUAUUUCAUAUAACUGUUUGUCGGACUUAAGUGUCCAAUUCAUCUUUUCACUUUUUUACACAAUAUUGGUAUUAUUUAUUUGAUACAAAUAAUGUAACUACAUUUGCGACAAACAGCUAACCAUCGUGGCUGCAACUAAAGUUGUGAAUUUGUAAACGAAUGCUGCUACUUUACAUUGCUCAAAGAAUUAUGUUGACUCUCAUUAUAAUAUAAUACAUAGCGACGGUGAAUAUACUUCAGUUUAUCUCCAUAUCUUAACUGUUCAAACAAUAACAUGACACCUUUUUUCUAUAUUUUGUUUUUAUAUUUUUCAUUGCCCCAUUUUUGGGCAAAGGCCUUACCUACAAUCUUCCUUAUAUAGGCAUAAACAUCACUAUACUCUGCUAAAAAUAAGGUAUUUUGGUACCGAUUGUGGUGGACAACACAUAAUUUUAUUUUAGUGUAAUAACUCUGCAAAGAGUGCGCAGUGUCACCAUGCGACAGUGCUUAGGUAAGCGGAUACUGUGAGAAACGGGAUAAUGCUUGGGAGAUGGUGAACUCUGCAAAGACAGUACUCAUUCACUUAGUUUUUUAGAUUAGGACCUGUCAGAGUAAAAUAAAAUUAGUUAGUGUCUGUUACAAUACAAUUUAACAAUACCUUUUUUUUAAAUUAUUUUUUUCUUUGAUAUGCUGUAAACCGAUAUCUUGGUUAUUGUUCUUGGCGAAUUUAUGACUAUGACAAUCAGUCUAACGGCCUACUAGCCUCCAUCAAUCUGAGGGGCUACAGCGUACUCCACCACAGUGCUCCACUGCUGGUUGGUGGAGGAAAUCUUCAGUUUUCCACCAAAAUAUUUUUUUAAUCCUUAUCUUUCUUUUUCUUUCUAUUUCUAUUAAUUAUUCUAUAAGUUGAAAUCAACUGACACAGUGAAAGGGAUCGUUCCUAAUAAGUGUUAGAAAUCAAUUUUGAAAUGGCGUUCUAAAAGACAGGGUAACUGGCUGUAUAAUAAGACUUCUUUAAAAAGUUUGAAAGUUAUUUUUUUUAAUUUUUAAAUACUGCCAACUUAUUUUUUGUUUAUUUUGACAGUUCUAAAACUCACUAAGCGUAAGCAAAGAUGGCGCUACUUUACAGCUGUUAAUUUAAAAUAAAUGUCGCCAAAAGUGCUAAUUCCAACAAGUUAUACUUAUUCUCUGAAAAGGAAAGGGACAGAUGAUUGGCAACAGCUGUUAAUUUUGAAAUGUAUCAGCGAAUAAAACAACACCCAAUACAUUUUUUUUUCUUCUGGCUUCCGCGGCUAGCGAUGUGCCAAUGACAAAUCUUGAGAGUGAUCUUGGUCUUCAAUGAUAAUUGUCGUGGUAUCAUUAUGGCGUUUCAUAUUAUUAUUGUGCAGUCGUUAAAACGAGGAAACUUUUCAAAAAUAAAGAAUACCGGAUAGAAUACAUUUUUUUAUCGAGUUUUGAAAUAAAGUUGGAAGGUGUUUGUCUUAUAAUACAGACAGUGACCCGCAAUGGUAUACAGCCUGUAACAUAGGUACCUAAUUAUGGUUCGUACGCAUUUAUCUUAGUUUUACUAUUGUAUUAAUGUGACGGAGAAGUUAGCAGAAUUUUGUAUCUAUUAAAUGAUACUUGCGUUGUUGGUUUUACGAUACUUUUUAAAACAUUAUUUUCUAACAACAGUAUCAUUUUAUAGUUUUAUUUUAUUGUGGACUAAGAUGUAAUACUCUAUCGGAAAACGACAGUGAAUAAAUAAUUAUUUCUAUGAAGUUUAUAUACUGUUAAACUUGUUGUGUAUCAAGUAUCAACACUGUGUAGAAAUACUACUACUUGUAAUACUACUGGUGGUGUUACCGGUGGUGCGACUGAUGGUGCUACCGGUGGUGCUACUGGUGGUGAUACCGGUGGUGUCACCGGUGGUGCUACUGGUGGCGGUACUGGUAGUGCGACUGAUGGUGCCACCGGUGGUGAUACUGGUGGUGCUACUUGUGGUGCUACUGGUGGUGCUACUUGUGGUGCUACCGGUGGUGCUACUGGUGGCGAUACUGGUGGUGCUACCGGUGGUGCUACUUGUGGUGAUACCGGUGGUGCGACUGAUGGUGGUACUAGUAGUGGUGGUAUACUGUGUUGAUAUAGUCCGCAGUAUAAUACAUAAGGUGUAAAAAUCAAUGAUUUAUGGCAAAUAUAGGUUAUUGCGUUUUAAAUCGUUAUUUAGCGAGACGUCAAGAAAAUUAGUGAAUUUAGUUUUUUUCUACUAUUUAUUGCAAAGCCAUUAUUGUCAUUAUAUUGGAAGAUGAUAUUUUCUCAAGUUAUGUAAUUAAUUUUUAAGUUGAAAAAGGAAUAUACGAUUUUGAUUUUUUUA